CAGUGACAUAUUAACGUCAGCCCGACUGAUUUGAUGACACUCCGACAAAAGUUUUCAAAAUAAAAAAACAGGCUAGCGUAAAUAAAAUAUUACGAUAUUGUAACCAACAACAUGAAUUUGAGAGCAGAAAGAGAAAUAGGUAGCAGUGCGUACAGCAAGUUAUUUCAAAAAUUAGACCCGACAGAUACAGCAUACCAGAAUUAUCUGAAAGUUCUUUCGAAGCAUUAUUUUACAGUAAAAAAUAUAAUUCAGGAAAUAUUAGCAUGUCGAGACUCAAUGGAAAGCUUAAACAAGCUCAACGAAAAGGGCAGGGCAGCUAUAUCUCUGCUGAGGGAUGAACUGGAGAAUUUUGAAAUUUACGGCAAGGAUAUAGGAGAUAUGAAAUAUGCAACUGAAGUGGAGUCACAAAGGCAUCAACUUGCUUGCCUGCUAAAAGAAUUCAAAGAGGCCAACAUAAUGAGUAUGUUUGCUAUUGAGAAAUCCGAAAGAGAUGAAUUGUUAAAAGCUGGCGAAAGAGAUGAUUCAGGAAUCAGAAACAGGAAGACCAAGGUGGAGAGAGAUGGACUGCUUAAAAUGUCUUCAGGUGUAACUGAACAACUGCUAUCCAUUAGCCGGCAGCUAGCGGACACGGCUCAGAGGAGCCAAGACACACUGGACAGCUUGGUCUCUUCCAGUUCUACUGUGCAUGGCACUCAAUCAGAGCUACAGAACACAGCUAGCACUAUAUCAGAAUCUAGCAAACUGUUAAAGAAAUAUGGACGACGUGAAUUCACCGACAAAGUUAUCAUGUUCUUCGCAUUCCUAUUCUUUCUAGCCGUUUGCCUGUACAUUGUACAGAAAAGAUUCUAAUUAUGAAUGACCAUAAUCAUUUUAUGUAUAGGACGAUAUUUAUAAUGGAUUAUGUUAAUGAAUUGUAAGUAAUAUAUAAUAAAAUUACUCAAUGUGA